AUGGAUGCAUUGUUCGGAGUAGCUGGAAAGGAUUACGUAAUACUAGCAUGUGACACGAUGUAUAGAAAUAAUAUUCUGGUUCCAAAAAGUGACCAUAACAAAUGCAUUGAAAUCAACAAUAAAUCAGCUGUGAUUUCUGGGGGUAACCUAGGGGACUGUGACAGAGUGGUCCAAGGUGUCCUGGAGGGCCUUAGGUAUGAGAGUAUAGCACACGGCCUGAACAUAACAGAGAAAGUGUUUGCUAGUGCCCUCCAAAUGGAAAUUCACAGUAAGUUGAGAAAGGCCCCAGUUGAGGUCAGCUCAAUUGCAGGAGGUAUCUCUGAAGGAUCUGGGCAGAUAUACAUGAUAGACCAAUACGGUGCAUGCUCGUCAUAUAAGCACAUGGCCACUGGAUACUGUGCCCCAUUCUUUUUGACAAAAAUGAAAAUGUGCCAUACAAGUGAGAUGGACGUAGAGCAAACUGUAGAGUUAAUGAAGGAAAUAUAUGAGGGAAUUAAAAAAAGGCUUGUUUUAAGCUACGGCACACUUCAUUUCUGCGCAAUCACAGCUGAGGGAAUUAGACAGUUCUAG